AUGUUGACCCACCUGUCCUUCAGACUCUUGUCCCUGUUUGGGCGCCAAAAUGUUGAUGUUACUUUUCCAAAACAUAGCCAGAACAUUUCUACUUCAGUCAGUGAGAAAAUUGUUUUCCUUAAUUUAGUUCUAGGUAUUGUCUCCUUCAUCCAGACAGCAGCUGGUACCCUGGGAAACUCCUUUCUCCUUUGUCUUUAUACCAUCACUUUCCUUAAUGGCAACAGGCUGCGGUCCAUAGACACCAUUUUCUUCUACUUGGCUUUGGCCAACUCCAUCGUGCUUAUUUCCAAGGGAGUCCCUCAGACAAUGGUUCGUUUGGGGCUGAAAAGUUUCUUGGAUAAUGUUGGCUGUAAAGUCAUUCAUUUCCUCCACCGAGUUGCCCGUAAUGUUUCUCUCACUAUCACUUGCUUUCUGAGUGGGUUUCAGAUUAUCAUCAUCAGUCCCUUCACCUUUUCCAUUUGGUCAAACCUCAAAGCUCAAGCCUCAAAUUACAUUGCCCCCUUCUGCCUUUUGUGCUGGAUCCUACACAUUCUAAUAAAUGUCUAUACAUUUGUAAAUAUGCAGAAGUUUACAGACAAAAAUAACAACACGAGGAUUUGGAAUAUUGGAUUCUGUUCACAGUUUGCUCCACCAUCACUCAAAGUCUCUCUGUUUGUAAUUUUGUUCUCUAUUCCUGAUUUCCUGUGUGUGGGAUUUAUGGUCAUAGCCAGCGGCUAUCUGGUGCUUCUCCUGCAAAGACACCAUAACCAAGUCCAGCAUAUUCACAGCUCUAGUCAUUUGGCAAGAAGGUCUCCUGAGACUAAAGCCACCUACACCAUUUUGGUGUUGGUGAGCACCUAUGUCUUCUUCUACUCAGCCAAUUCUGUUUUGUCUUUUUACCUCUUUAUUUUUGAUAACUAUUAUGGGUGGUUGAUUCCCACAUCAGCCUUCUUGGCUGCAUGUUUCCCAGCCAUCAGUCCUUUUGUGCUUAUCAGUUCUGAUUCCCAUAUUCUCCAGCUUUUCUACUCCCUCUGGAAAAAGAAAAGAUCCCAACAUUCUCCUUUUCCUGGAUGUUCCCUUGACUAA